AUGGAGGAGCGACUGCGCCACAGACCUAGACGUAUAGUGCGCACCAUCCACGCCUUCUCCAGACGAGCCCACCGCCCAGCCAGUCACAUGCGGUGGACUGAUACUCCCGAGCGCCUUCUUUACAUCACCACGCUUUACUUCCAACGCAAACAGCUUAAUGUAUGUUGUAUGUGUUUUCGUUGUUUUGAGCGAAAACGCCACGUGUUUUUUUGUAAAGUAGCGUCAAGUCAACGAGCGACUUGGCGACGUUUCAGAGAUCACACUAGCAAUUCACUGUGGACUGAGCAACUUGGACAUCCUUUGAGAACACGACUGGACUCCUCAGGGCAGUUUGCGUCAGCGGUGUCGGCUCCAAAUUCCCUCCCAGUUCCGGAGACUGGUUUGACGCAUUCUGCUGCUUUUUCAAUGGGAGCAGUGGUGACCGAGGGGCUCUGA